AAAUAUAAUAAAUUAGCUUUUUUUCUCUCAUUAACCCCCCUUUUUUUUAUUGACGGGACCUGAAUCAAUCGAUGGAGACCUCUUUUGAUAGCGAUUUAAUCGGUGAAAUAUUCAAGCGCAUUUGGAGGAGAAGAGCCGCAGAGCGCGAGAGAAAUGAAGUUACUGAAGCUCCGGAUACCGAGGUUGGAGUUGGCACACCUAAGAAAAGUCGGCCUACUUUGGCUAAUGCAAAGGCCCUGAAGCUUAGCUCUGAGCUCCUCAGACUCUUUGUCACAGAGGCUGUUCAACGAGCUGCUAUGAUUGCUGAAGCAGAGGGUGCGAGUACAAUAGAAGCAACUCAUUUGGAGAGGAUACUUCCACAGUUGUUGCUGGACUUUUAGCAGAUUUUAUGGUCUAGGGAUUUGUAAUCGUGAUUGAAGUAAGCAUUUGUUUAAAUCAUCUAAAAGAAGUUGCACAUUCUCUUUUGUUAGUGGUCUUGCAAUUGCUAGGUCUUCUAUUGGGGAUUGGUAAUCUUAGAACUGAUUGGGUGCAUUUGGCAGUCCCGUGAGUUAUUUGACACUGCAGAUUAAGGAAGAAAUCUAUUUUUUUUGGGAGGGUGGGGGGUGUUUCAAAGGAAGAGAUGUUCUUUGCUAUGCGUAUAUCAUGAGAACUGCUAAUGUAUAAGUUUGGUUUUAGACAUACAGGGACUUUGUCCUAACCAUUUUCUGUCUUGUGAAAGUUUGCUAUUGCUCUCUGCUGUA